GCUACCGUUCGGCUGUGGUUCGGCUGUUUUUAAGAAUGUCGCCUGGUCGCCAUUGUUAUUUUCGGAUAAACUAAGAAAUUAAUUUUUAUGCUAUAAGAGUUCAUUUUACGUUUUAAUCUUUAGUUGGUUAUUAUUAAAAAGUUUAGAGUAAAAUAGUGCGUAUGAAAUAAAGUGUACGGAUAUCCGUAAUCGGAUUUAUAAUGGUGCAAUAUUAAGUGUGUGUUCUCUAUUAGCAAGCUUCGUAAUAAAACGUUUCGUAAGCUUCUAUUCGUCACGUGGGAGUGUGCCGUUUCAUUACAGCUGCAUUAAACCCGCAAUUAAUGGUAGAAAUGGAAUAAACAAGGAAAAAAUGCAGAUUUUGUGCGAGCCCGCGUAAAUUUCCAAAUGUUUUGUCAUCAUCACGACCCCAUAAUCGCAGUGAAAAUUGUGCUCAUUGUUUUUGUUAUGGAACUAGCCGGUAUAGUUUCGUUACGCGUUUAAAGGUUGCUUAUUUGUCGAUUUUGAUUGCUGUUUAUAGAUCAAGUACUCAUUAUACCCGAAAAGACUGUCUGAUGAAUCUUGUCAUGAUAAAAUUUGAUUUCAAAAACACUGGAUGAAUGGGAUUGCGUACAGCCUCGGUGAGGCAUCCCCAUGUGGAGGUCAUGGCCCCUGCUUUAACGGAGACGGUUCAAACACAGAAUUUUGAUUUACCCCCAAAGUCCUGUUUAGAACCCGAUUUUGCAGUAAAUAGUUACAGAAAAAACAAAUUCCUAGUGCAAGAUAAACAGGCUUACUUGAAAGUUGGUGAUGAAUAUGUGGGUAAGGUUCAUUUAAACAGUAACGAAAUAAUAAGUUCUUUAACAUUAGACUCGGAAAAAACGCUUAGUAGUUACUAUAAGAAGUUAAAUAGUGCCUCGGAUAAUAUAAUGAAUAGUAGCCCAUCAUCUAUGGGCGACCAAGAAAAUAAAAUGGGCCUUCAAAAGACAGGAUUAGAAAUUUCUAUGAUUCAAAAAGAUAGAAAGAUAGAUAUGGAACAAUUACUGGAGAAUUUGUCAGUUCCACCAGAUUUGGAAACAAAUGUAGAGGACAUAAUGCAAGUGAUAAAGUCAAUAGAAGGUAAUGAUAGACUGAACAACAGCUCCAAUGAUAUAAAUGCUGAAAAUGAUGAUAUAUUUCCAAUUGCUGGGACAGAUUUAACUAACAACUUAUCAUCUUUUGAAAAGGCAUUGUUGGAAAAUGUUGAUGUAAUGAAUAUGAGCAUGGAUGACCAACAAGAUGAAUUGGACACUGUUGAUAAGCAGAAGGAAUCUCAAGGUAAAGAAAUAAUCAAUUUAUUACAAACCAAGCACACCAAAUUAGAACGAAGAUUAGAUUUUCUGAAAAGGCGGGUAUAUAAGUUGCAAUCAAGACUUCUAGGACAGCAUGUUAGUAGUGAGGUGGCUGGAGUGUUUGAAAAUGUUCACCAUGCACUUAAAAAGCCAAAGGAACCCCACGAAGUGCCAGUAUCAAUUUUCGGUAAAACUUUAUCAUACACAGACAAAGUGAAACCCUUAUCUUAUAGUUCGGCAAAGACAUUAGUGAGAAAGUUAGAAACGACUACAACGUUACAGGCUAAUACAGUGGCAAGACAAAAAACUAUUCCAACUUACUUUGGAUCUGGUUCCUUAGAGGUUCCUUUUUCAAGGACAAGUGUAACUGGAGGUAUUACUCUAAUCCCUUGGCCCUCAGAUACAAAAAGUGAGUUGCAGAAAGUAGCUGCUCAGUUGAAGACUCAAACUGGUGUAAUGCAGAAGGAAGUUGAUUCUGAGGCUACUGAGAGUAGUUCAGGGGGAGAAAGCUGUGAUGAAAUGCAAAGUUACAAUAAUCCACAUCAACAGUAUCUUGGCAUACAAAAGAGGGCGCUGUGGAAAUACUCGAACGAUCGAGCCUUGAUAGCCGCGAAAUGGACGUGGUUGCAGGGUCAGAUCGCGGAUCUGGAACAUCGUAUUCGGCAACACACGGACUUGCACAAACAAGCUCGCUUGAACAAGGGCAGUAUUCAACUGGGCGGUGCCAGUCCACCUCACAUCCCUGCCGCCUCUCAGACUGCCGUUAACGGGUAUCGCGGUCAGCUUCCCGGCGGUUCGUUGCUGUCUUCGAAGUCUGCGGACGACGCGGCCGAAGAAUCCGCGACGGACUAUCAAUGUGCCAGGACCAGACCGUUGACCAAAUUCAAGAAGAGGAAGCUGCUGCAGAUGGCCGGACUGCACGCGGUAUCCAGAAAGGCUGUGCGGCCGAGCACCAUGCGGUGCGGGUGCGUGCCGUUGUCGAAUCCGUGCGCGUUGUGCACGGGCAGGACGGACCCCACGUACCCGAGGGAUCCCCCGGACACGCUCAGCCGGGCCGAGAAAAUCAUGUUGCUGGAUCCCAGUUUCCACAACGUAUUUUCGCUACCUGAAGACACCUCAGAAAGCAUCCAUCUGGAUGCGAUAAUGAAGACGCAGGAAUGGCAGCAGAAAUGCACGAGGAUGAAGAAUUUCAAGGUGGUGUCGAAACCCGAAAGGCACGAACCAAAAACCUCAGAACACAGAACGAAAAAACUGGAACACCGGAAGAAGUACGCCCGAAGUUUGAAGACCGGCACUCUUUCGGCGUUAACUGCUGCUAAAAUAAGAAAUAAAAUAAGAGGACGGAAGCCCGGAAGGCCUAGCGUGAAUCGCGUUUAUCGCAAGCGUCACCUGACGGACAUAUCGUCCCAGUCGUCUGCCUUCCCGACAGAUUCAGCUGCAGAUGAAGAAAUCGAAUCCUUAGAUAACAACAGCAACCAAGGAAUACCUGGAGACUCUCCGAGUUCAUCACCUCUGCUGCAUAUGCACUCCAUUUCAGGGUACAAUAACAAUACUAAGAGAAGUAGCAAUCGGUUCCAGUCGUACGAUAUCGACAAUAUCGUCAUACCGUACAGUGUGGCUGCAUCUACGCGAGUGGAAAAGUUACAGUACAAAGAAAUUUUAACUCCAAAAUGGAGAAUAAUAGAUCCUGAUUAUGGUAAUCAGUUUGAAACCAAAAAUAAUGGCGCUGUGAAAGAAAAUGACCAAGAUACUGAUGAAGAAGAUCUCAAAGAGGAAACCGUAACUGCCCGUCACGACCGUUCCGAAUACGAGGAGAAGAAACGCUUCGCUAGUUACCUGAAAUUCCCGCUAGGGUCCAGACCGCGCUCGAAUCGCAGGACCGACAGCAGGGCCGAAUCGAGCGGCGGAAACACCCCCGAUCCGAUGUCGCCUCACAAUCCCGAUCAUCACGAUUCCCCUAUGACUUCACCUCCUGCGACGCCCCUGUCCGCCGCGGGAACUGACGAAAGUCAGUCCCUACCUCACCUUCCUUCCGCCGCCGUUGUGAGGAGGAGGACGAUGUCCCAGUCGAGGUUCGGAAUGGGCGGGAAGGAGAGGGAGAUGAAAGACGAUUCGCGCGCCACUACGCCUGAUAUAGUAGAGGUUCCUCCUUACGACAAGCGGACAUUCCCUCUCACCGACGAAAUCUACGAGAAAAUGUUGAAACACAUGCCCGAAGACCACCAGUUCCAAACCAACAGUAGAUCGCAAGAUUCUACCGAAAACGAGAGCAGGGACUAUGACUCGUACCUGGAUCAGAAAGCCCCCGAUUCGCCCGACACCGAGUCCACGGAGUCGGCGAUCGGAGACGGCGAAGAAGAAGAUCCCAACGAUCCGGAAUGGAUCGACAUGGAAAAGUUUAAUAGAGACCGUUCUAGGAGAUAAAGAUGUUCCGUAACAUAGUUAUUUUUAUAGACAGUGUCUAACACAAGUGAGAAUAUAGCUCCAAUAAGAAGUUUCCUUGGUACUAUAUGAAACGGAGUUGGAGCUGUGAAAAUCCAGUUUCGAUUACUUUUUGUGUACUUGUUUUUUUAUGUUUUUAAGCAGGUUCCCUGCAUUGUAUUUCUUAGUAUUGAUUCAAAAAAUUUGAUGAGCAGGCUUUAGUUUGAUCUGCUGCAUUCGAUUUCGUUAACUGUGAAAUUGUUAAAAAUUUACAAAUUAUACUCUUCAUAAGAGUAAGAAGAAGAAAUGUAUGAUAAAGAUAGUGUUAAUCGUAUUCGUUAUUUUGGUUACAGUAAUUUUACAUAAAAUAAACCAGAACGUUUCUUGUAUGAUGUUAUUGUAAAUUACAAAAAUGAAUAAAAUAAGUGAAAAGAAAAAAAUAUUUAUUUUCAAACGCUUAAUAUGUUGACAAGAGGGUUUAGUUACCUACUCUAACUAGUUGGUACGAGAAUUUUUAUAUCCAAAUAUGUUUUAAUAUUACAUGAUGCAAAAAAUAAAAGUGUAACUCAACUAA